AUGGCUGCAGAGGAUGGGUGGGACUGGGCAACAGUCUCAGCCUCCUGUGUUGGCAUGAUCAUCCUCACCAACAGACAAAUGAUCGGGUCCGAAGUUUUAGCUUCCAAGUUUACAUCUCAUGCGUCACGAUCAGGUUCCAUAAUUUCGAAUCUCCUGUUCUUCGGCACUUACCGCAGUUUUCGUGAAAAGGAGGCAUAA